AUUUGAUUAUAUUCGUUAACUAGGUCAAUUACCGGACUAUGAGAACUGAGAAUAUUAAUAAUUGAAGAUAAUCCGGUCGUUUAUUAUAGUUGGAUUGCAUGAAAACGGAUACGGGAAGGAUAUUAUCAGAGGUACCACGGAGGAUUAUAAGGAAGAUAAAGGUGGAUGGAGAUCAAUUUGUUUGGCGGUAUAUUUCAACGACCAAAAACCAAGAAAAAAAAAAACUACAUCACGAUUUUUCAUUGGAAUACAUUGAAAUAUACAACGACGACGUGUACGAUUUAUCAAUAGACGCAAACAAUUUACCAUUGAAAAAAACAAAACAUGCGAAAUUGAAUGAAAAAUUAAAGUUCAGUAUUAGUUCAAAAGGUGACAUCAAAUUUAAAAAUUUAACGAAAAUAAAAAUAACUAAUUGUAAUGAUGCCAUCAAAAUUUUGGAGGUGGGUAACAUGAGGAAAAGUGUUUCAUCCACAAGUAUGAAUGCGGAAUCCAGUCGAUCACACUGUAUUUGCAUGAUAAGUUAUAAAAGUAAACAUAAAGAAAUGAAGCUCAAUUUAGUAGAUUUAGCAGGAUCUGAACGGAUUUCAAAAUCCGUUGCAAACAAAAAGACGUUGGCCGAGUCACGGUCCAUAAACAUCAUGGGCGGAUAG